GCAUUGGAAACGACAGGAUGUGGUCUGUCCUAGUUAUAAACAACACGGGAGACUUUUAUUUUGAAGACUCAUGAAUUGUCGUCACACAAUAAAAUGUUUAACUAACGUUAUCAGUUUCCAAGUUAGCUAGCUACCCACCCAACGUUAACAUACGGUCGUAGCAGCAGCUUGUUUUGCUGGUGAAAUGGAUUCAAAAACUCAAGGUCUCAAUCUCCCUCUAUCCUCCUUGUGUCUCCUGGUUCCACCAAUACGCUUGAUGUCAGCAUCAAUGUGGCAAGUGGCUGAGCAGCGUAAUGUGAUGCAGUAUGGGAAGCUGGAGGAAUUUGUGACUUUGGUGACAGAGAUGGUCCCAGAGCUGCUGAGCUCCAGGCAGAGGACCCAACUCAUCCUGGGACUGAGAGCAAGGCUGGUUCUUGAGUUGUGCUGUGGUAAAGAGGACAUGGUGGACCAUCAAGCCAUCCAACGCCACUUGGAUAGAAUCCAGUCAUGCACAGUAAAGCACAAAGCGAGAGAAAACAAGAAAGUGGAGGCAUCAAAGUCUAACUUUGGGGAGCUGGUUCAAACCUUGCUGGAAGACCCAGCGAAGAGGGAACACUUUUUUCAGCUCUCUACAUUUUCAUUAAAGGAGGUGUUCCCAGUGCAGUACGGUACUAAGUAUGACACAGCACUGCAGAUUCUGGUGUGGGAGUUCUUCUCCAGAUUGGAGGAGCUGCUGCCGGUGCCCAGCUUUACACAGACAGCAUCUUGUCUCAGCCUUGCAUUCUCUGACCUGGAGGAGUGUGUUCAGUCUGUCUCUGACCCUGAGCACUUGAAGACACUGCUACAGCAUCAAAGACACCUUGGACACCUAAAUAGAGAUAAUUUGUUCUACGACUCUGACACCAUCCUGUCCGCUCUGUCCCUCACUUCCUUGGUAAAUUCGAAACAAACUUCAGUGGAGGUUCGAGGUCAUGACACUAGGAAGAAAGAACAGGAGGGUAGAGAAGAGUGGCGACCAGAAAUCAGUUACAAUGGAACUGAUCAGGACGUUGAACGACUUGAAGAGGCUGGUGAAUCCAGUUCUGGACAGCAGAAACCAGGAUCAUCACUACACGCUCAUCCAGUGGCCAUAGACAAACCGGAUAGUGACAUGCCCUCCCAGGUCUUCUCCUGCCCCCAGUGCCCAUUCUCCCACAGGAGAGAGGUGAACCUUCAGCAGCACAUCAGGAAGGAACAUCUAACAGAGGAGGACAGCAGGAACCUGGACUCUGGAGGAGCUGAAAACUCACUGCCGUCCAGUCAAACAAUACAGAGACCCUUAAUCAAGACAACCAAGAAGUACAUCUGCUUUAAAUGUGGAAAGGGUUUCAGAAGCCCCUCGGACCUGAAACGACAUAAGGGUGUUCACACAGACAUGCAGCCGUUCCAUUGCAACCAGUGUGAUAAAAGAUUCAAAGCGAAGGGUAGUCUAAAACAGCACCAACGGGUUCACUCAGGAGAAAGGCCUUAUGAUUGCUCACAUUGCGGCAGGGGGUUUAGGACAUCGGAUAUCUUAAAAUCUCAUAUACGCAUUCAUACUGGGGAGCGACCUUAUGGGUGUACAAUAUGUGGGAAGAGAUUUAUUCAACGACAAGUACUAACAAGACACAUCAGGAUGCACAGUGGAGAGAAACCAUACUUGUGUAGCAUUUGUGGAAAGACCUUUGCUUGCUCAGGGGAACUGAUGGUACACUCAAGGAUCCACACAGGGGAACGACCAUAUCAUUGUGAACAAUGUGGGAAUACUUUUAGUCUAGCAAGUAAACUGAAAGUGCAUCAGCGAAGUCAUACAGGCGAACGCCCAUACCCCUGUACACAGUGCCCCAAAGGCUUCUCCACCUCCACCAGACUAGUGAAACACAUGCGAAUUCAUACUGGGGAGAGACCUUACCCAUGUGUAAAGUGUGGCAAAAGAUUCUCUGAAAGGGGAAACAUGAGAAUACAUCAACGAAUGCAUGAAAAAGAGAGAAAAGGUCGACAAAUGUAUUGAUAAAGCAUAAGCUGUUGAAAUGUUCUUUGGAGAUUCUGCUCUAUAUAGUUCUCUGCUACAUUUUCAGGUGAUUAUGACAUGUUUGUAGAUCUUCUAAUUUGUCACAAUACCAGGCGGUGUAACUUCAGAGAUGAUUGGCAAAAUUUGUGUUCUAAAUAUUGUAACCGUUCUGUAAAAUGUUAGUUACGUCUGGUUAUAUGCGAACAGAUUAGAUUUUAACCUGAAAUAAUUUCCCGAGUUCAAUGCUACCCAGUUGGAAAACUAACAAUGGCCAAAAACACUAUUAUAAACCACAUUUCUAAUAUAGCAGGGCAUCUUAAACAAUACCCUCAAAUAAAAAGUAACAUUGUACUUUUGCCUCAUAUUUAUAGUUUACACACCUGGCACCACCUCUGUGUUGUUUCCUAUAGACCCAAAAUAUAUUUAGAUUAAUUGAACAAUUGCUUAAUUCUAUUUAGCCUUUUUCCACUCGUUAACUUCACUAUAUACAGUGCCUUGGAAAGUAUUCAGACCCCUUGACCUUUCCCACAUUUUGUUAGGUUACAGCCUUAUUCUAAAAUGGAUUAAAUUGUUUUUCCUUAU